AUGAACAUUUUUCCAUAGGUUAUUGAACGCAACAUGUCACGUGACAUCAGCUGACACCUCGGAAAUACCAUCAUGGCGGUGUGCAUAGCAGUGAUCGCUAAAGAGAACUACCCACUUUUUAUUCGUAGCGUACCCACUCAAAAUGAGCUGAAGUUUCACUACACAGUGCACACCUCCCUGGAUGUGGUGGAGGAGAAGAUCUCAGCAGUGGGCAAGUCCUUGGGAGACCAGAGGGAGCUGUACCUGGGACUGCUCUAUCCAACGGAAGACUACAAAGUGUAUGGAUAUGUUACCAACUCCAAGGUGAAAUUUGUGAUUGUUGUGGAUUCAUCAAAUACAUCACUGCGGGAUAAUGAAAUAAGAAGUAUGUUCAGAAAAUUGCACAACUCUUUCACUGAUGUGAUGUGUAAUCCAUUCUACAAUCCAGGGGACCCUAUACAAUCCAAAGCUUUCAAUGGGAUUGUGUCUGGAAUGAUGGUCCAAACUGGCUGAUUACGGUACCUUCAUAUUGACCCCUUUGGUUAUGGAUCCACUGUACAUAACCCUUGUUUACAUGCUUUGAUUCCUGAAACUAAAUUAUGAUUAAAAGCAGAUCUUGUUGGACUUGA